AUGGCAAUCACAACACGCUCAGGCUCCAAGAGUCCAGUCAAGAAAUCCUCCUCCAAGACGAACGCUGCCACUGACAGCCCACAACAAAAUCCGUUAAAGCAUUUCAUCCUCCCGAAAGACACACCCACUCAAUCCCGCUUCAUACUCUUGCGCCAUCCCCGCGACCCGGACGCUCAGCGGUUCUUGUUUUGCCCGGAAAAAGGGCUAUAUCACUUCACAAAAGUCAGCCCACCCUCCGCAGAUCCCCGGAGUCUACUGUUCACACCACUCGAACCUGAUCGCGCCGAGAGUCACGUAGCAGAUCACUUAGACCAGUCCCAAGCUGCAACUGAAGCGAGUCUCUCUUGUGAGGAGGGCUAUGUCAGCAAGACCGCCGAGUUCUUCGUCGCAACGCCGUUUGACCUUGCUUUCAUUAUCCUACCCCUCGUUACAGGCAGAAACCUAUUCCAGCCAAUCGACGACUUGCUUGAGGAGCACAUGCGUGAGAACAAACACCUGAGAUACUUGCUCGAACAUGGCAGACGUAUGGUGGAGGAGGCAAUGUCCCGGUUUUGCGACACCAUACAAGCAGGAGAUGAGCAAAUGUUCAGAUUCAGUGAAGACAAAGUACUGCGGAUGCUGAUACAGAAAGCUGAUGCUGCCAUGGCACGGGGUUUGCCCUCUACGUUGGAAGAGAAGUUCGUGACGAGAGCCUUGGAAGCACCUAUACUGAGCGUCAAACGGGAAGACACGACCAUAUCCGCAAUUAAAACCAAGUCAAAUGCAACAGCGCCAGACGAUGAGGAAGACGACGAAAGUGCCUCGGAGGUGUUCGAGUCUCAGUCUUCUGCUGCAAGCAUAGCACCCUCGGCGGUAUUUUCAGAAGCCUCAACCGCCACCUCCGUAAGCACAGUCGUCCCCGAAACGAUAUCUCCGGAGCUACUUGAGCUGCAAAAGAGACGGACUGUGUUAGACUUCCUCCUUGAAUCCUACGUGCCAAACGCGAUAGCGGACAGGAUAAGAGCCCGGCUUGCUGCCAAAGGAUCCCCGAUCGAUUUUGCUCCUCUCGAUGGUCACCUUAGUUCGCUAGCAGCACUCCGAGCCGAAGCAUUAUUGUCAAGGUCUAUCAGCGAUUUCAGCCGGAAGAGGGGUUUGGAAGACGAUGAGACCGCCGAGCUAAGAGCCGAGAAGAAGAGGAAACAGGAGGAAGAGGACAAACGGAAGAGGUUGGGAGAAUCCAACGGGGUGCGCGCAUUGAAAAAGGUCGAUGUCUCCGGGAUGAAGAAGAUGAGUGACUUUUUCGCGAGGAAACCUGCCGCCAGAGUCGUCUGA